UUUAUCUAACAGCUGUGUCUCCAGGUUUCUGCUUUGGUGGAAGAUGGCAAUGAUGGUCGUUUUGGCAGCAGUGCUUCUCACUUAUGGAGUCUCUCCAGGAAUUGCAAGGGUCGGUAAAUCUGUGUUUCCACUGGACAUGGCUGAAAACUCUGUUGAUGACAUGUACAAUGGGUGUGAAGAAGAAAUGAAGAAGAAGGUAACAACAUACCUGCAGAAUGAGAAGAACAACAACCCAAACUUCAAAGAGGUCUGGGACAGCUCAGAGAAAAUUAUCCACACAAAAUCUACCAAAGAACUGACAAAAGAUCAGCUUGUAGCUAUUUAUUCUUACACCUCUGACAAAGUCUAUUGUGAUUUCAACGCUGCAGUUCGAACCCAGGGACCUCAGUACAAUACCACAUUCAGGUAUCACGCACUUCACUUUCUCCUGACUACUGCCAUUCAAGCUUUAAGAGCCAAAAAGAAAAAGAAAAAAUGUCUCACUGUCUACCGUAGAGUCAACGUGUACUUUCGCCAAGAUGUUAAAAACAAAGAGUUUCGCUUUGGCUCUUUCACCUCAGCCUCACUGGGUGAUUACCUCAAUGCAAUGUUCGGAGACAAGUCAUGCUUUAAGAUUUUCACGUGCACGGGAGCAAAUAUCUCCCGCUAUUCUAAAUUUAGGAAAGAAAGAGAAGUGCUGAUUCCUCCCUAUGAGGUCUUUAAAGUCGUAGCGAUAAAGAAGAGGUCAAUGCAACCAGGUCUUCCAUGUGAGGUGGUCUAUAAAGUGAAGAGUACAAAGGAUUAUGUUUCCAAGUUGAAUUGUGCUCUUUUAAGUACUGCAAAUGAUCUGUAA